AUGACUGAUUCUCAUCCAGUGAAUAGUCCAGUUGUUCCUGGUACAAAGCUUACUAAGCAAGGAGGAGGAAUGGAAGUGGAUGCUACCCAUUAUAAGCAAAUGGUGGGCAGCUUGAUGUAUCUCACUGCUACUCGCCCUGAUCUUAUGUUUUCUGUUUGUCUGGUGAGUCGUUUCAUGGAGAAUCCUACUGAGUUACAUCUUCAAGUAGUGAAAAGGAUUAUGAGGUAUGUGAAGGGAACAACAGAUUUGGGUAUACUGUAUAGCAGCAAAGGAGAUGGCAAGAUGAUUGCAUUUUCAGACAGUGAUUAUGCUGGGGAUUUAGAUGAUAGAAGGAGCACAUCUGGAUAUGUUUUUCUGCUAGGAACAGGGUCUGUUGCUUGGAUUUCGAAGAAGCAAGCAGUGGUAAGUCUCUCUACCACUGAAGCUGAAUUCAUCUCUGCAGCUUUAUGUGCUUGCCAGUGCAUUUGGCUUAGGAGAAUUCUUGUCACUUUAGGCUUCUCUCAAAGCGGGUGUUCCACCAUUUACUGUGACAACAGCUCAGCUAUUAAAUUGUCCAAGAACCCUGUGUUUCAUGGCCGAAGUAAACACAUUGAUGUGAGGUACCAUUUCUUAAGGGAUUUGGUUAGAGAUGGGAAGAUUGAAUUGAUUCAUUGUGGCACAGAAGAACAAGUUUCAGAUAUAAUGACUAAGCCUUUGAAGGUUGAAGCUUUUGUGAAGUUUAGAAAGGAACUGGGCAUGUGUAGUGCUAGUGCUGUAAACUGA